AUCAAUAAAUUAUAAUAAUAAUAAUAUAUGCAUUAAAUAGCACAAAAAUAUUAUUUUGUAUAAUAAAUCUUCUGAACAAAAAUAACGGGCGGAAAAUUUUUGGAAAAUCUUUUUAAUCUACCUUUCUAUAUAAUAUAGAAAAAAUAUUUAAAAAACAAAAAUUAAAAACCACGAUUUUAUAUAUACAAUGGCCUUAAAUUGGAAAUUAUGUGUUUUAAUAGCAUUAUUUUGCAGUCAAUUAACACACUCUUUCAUCAUCUUGGACACAACCGAUUGUCAUCACAGCGACAACGAACUCUCACCGCCCAAUCCCAAAUGCUCUUGGAUUGAGAAAGCCCUCAAAAGUUUGCCCAAAUAUCGCAACUUUUUUGCUGGCCUGCUGCAAGAAGCCAGUGGUGAAUUUGCCUAUGAAUUGCAAGAGAUUUUUAAUGCCAUCUGUGAGGCCAUGGCGGAAAAUGAUCGUAGAAAACAGCGUGAUCAAUUGACGAUAGCCAAAUGGUUGAUGGAUAAUAAUAAGAAACUAAAUGAGUAUUUAUUGAAGAAGGGUAUUUGGAAAAUAUAAUUUGUUUUUAUUUUUAUUAUUAUUAUUCUUUUUAAUAUAUUAAAAAUAGGUUAGAGAUUUAGUUUAAGAUUUAAAAUAUUUUUUGGGUUACCAUAAGAAAAGUAGUAUUAUUGUAAAGUUUUUUAUUUUUUUUUUC